ACUGUGAUUAGGGACGCAAGAGUUCUUAAAAUUUAUUUUUUAUACCUUAAAUUUCAGAGAUAACUAUUGGAAUAGAAGCCUUUUCACACCUUGUGUGCUUCAUAAAAUAUUCCUUAUAUUCUAUUGCAUUACAUGUAAGCUUCUACACUGACACCCAAGUAGUAAUCUUCAUUUAACACUUAUAAUUAUUCUCGAUGCAAGCUUGGACUCGUAGUGCGACCGGCGCUUCGACGGGUCACCCCUCAGGAGUGGUUCGCACCACGGCCCCAAUAAAUUCAAUAGCACCUCCUCUACCCGCGGCGCGCCGCCGUUUUCAACUUACAGAAGAGCAGCGACGGGAGAUCAAUGAAGUUUUUGAGCUUUUUGAUUACGAUAAAAAUGGCCUGAUUGAUGCUCGCGAGAUGAAGGUCAGCAUGCGUGCUCUAGGGUUUGAAGUGAAGCGUGAUGAGGUGAUACAGUUGAUGCAGGACUCCGCUGCGCGCGAUCAACACAACCAACCGUUAAUGGAUUUGGAAGGAUUCACGGAUAUCAUGACGGAGAAAUUUUCCCAACGAGACCCAAAGGAGGAAAUAAUUAAAGCCUUCCAACUUUUUGAUGAAAAAAAAACGGGUAAAAUUUCGCUGCGCUCGCUACGCCGUGUAGCGCGGGAACUUGGUGAGAACAUGAGCGAUGAUGAGUUGCAGGCAAUGAUCGACGAAUUCGAUAAAGACCAAGAUGGAGAGAUAAACUUAGAGGAAUUCAUGACAAUUAUGUUGGAGGAAGAUGACUGCUAAUGUGUAUGCACAAAAAGAAAGUAAAAUGGAUCAGUGCCCAGCCCAACUAGAGAAGGGCUUGUAAAAAUCUCGAACCUAUGGUAAGUCACUUUUUUGUAUGCAUAGAUAAGUAAUCAAAUACAAACGUUUCAGUUACUUUACAAGUUGCUAUAUAUUUUAAUCUGUGAAUUCUUAUUUGUUAGGGUUUAAUGAUAUUUGAGAUGGAAAACUGUUAUGAAGAGCAUAGAGUAAUAUACUUUCUUUCAAAAUGAAAGCA